UUCUCCUAAAGUAAAAGAAUUACGUGCUUUAAAUAAAAAUCACAAAUAGUUGACGUGUAACAUUCUGUAAUUUGAAAUAAAUCUAUUUGUGAAGUUUAUAGAAGAAAAUACAAAUUGCCAGAAGAGAAUAUCAGAUACGCUGAGAUUUUUGACCCCAAAGGAUUCAAGAAUCUCCAGCAAUCAGUAGGCGAAUCGUUGAAAUUGAUAUCAUUGAACAUCUAAAUUCACAAUGACACAUCAUCCAUCAACCGUAUUUCUCCAUCUGUCAUCAAAUUUUCAAUUUCUCUCUGUCUGCCACUACAUUACAAGUUUUGGAUUAUUGCUCUACAAUAAUCAUCAAUUGACAUUUGAUCAGAGAAAUCAAACUCUACCCGUCAUUAAUGCUCUCUUCGAUCAUCUAAAUAAAUCCAGCAAUGAAUCGGAGACAAAACUCCAAAUUCUCCAAAAAGUCCUCAAAGGAACCGAUUUCUACGGCGGUGGUGAAAAUGAAACACUUGACAUGAAAUACGUGAAUGAAACAUAUCAGUACAUCAUUAGCACUGCUCUAUUUUCUCACUACGGAAACAUAACCUUUUACCUAGCAAAAAUAAUAAAUCAGCUGGACAAUGUUGACAUGUCCGUAAUCAAGAAAACGGUAUUAAAAAACCUAACCAAAAAUUACGUGAACUAUGAUUAUUGUUCUCGAAAUCAUGUAAACAUAACCCUCACUCCAUUGGCAAUUGACAAAAUUUUUAACAAUCACAUUUGGACAAUAUUCCCCGAGAGUGAAAUCAACACGACUUUGAUAGACGUGAAUUAUUUGUACGCAAUGGCAGGUUUAAAAAUGAUGAGAUCAAUAUCGGCGAACAAGGUGAGUCGUAUGCUAUUCAAUAAUUAUAUUCUAAUUGCCCGUCGUAUUGAAUUUCUAGCACUGAAAAAUAAGGAUUAUCUCUCGGCUCUGGAAAUAUUUUCCACUCCGGUUCUAUUUUUCUAUGCCUACAUCGAGAAAAGUAAAUUUUCCGAAAUAAAAGAGUUGACCACCGAUUUUUGGAAUACUGCCUACGAGGUAUUAUUCUCCUAUUUAAAUGUCACGGUACACGGAAUAAUUCAGAACGCAAUCGAGAGCAGUUUAUACUAUAAACUCGAAAACGAACUGAGAAAUUUGAACAGUCGAACGAUAAUUGCAAGUAAUAUCAUAAAAGAUCGUUGUCAUUACAAAAAUCUAGAGACUGCUCCUAAAUUCUUUAUUGGUAUGUACAAAAUGUUUUUCCCCAUCCUAACAAAAUACCUCCUACCGACUUAUUGUGACGUCAAGAAUUUUCCUGAUUUGCAUAAAGAGUACACUAAAGAAUUCACAACAAUUCGUAACAUGUACUUCGAAAUAAUGAAAAAUUCUCUAAAACGUCUCUUUGAAUCCAAAGGACUAAUGGAGACAUUGGAAAGGAGUCAAGUAUCUCUAGGACGAAUUUCUAAGUACGCACUACGUUCAUACAUAACUUUGAAGAAUUUUAUCCUAUUCGGAGUAAAGCAGAACGAUAGAAUCGAAUUCUUUUUGUUGAAUCAAGAGAACAGUGUUAUGAAUUUGUUAGAAAGGAAUAAGGAUAAAAAGAAAUUUGUCGAUACUCUAAGUUUUGAUCCAGCCGAUGAGAAGGAAUCGGCAUUGUUCGAGAGAAUUUUGAAAAAAGAUAAUGAAACAACGGAUGUGUUAAUAAACAACCUUGCAGAGAUAAAGACGGGAACAUUUAUCGAAGUCCUGAUGAAUUACUACAAAGAACCAAUAGCCGGUGAGAAAAUUGUAGAUUUCUUCUCCUCUUUCAUACCAUUUUUCAAUUGUUUUCACAAUCUCAAGUAUGGUAAACGUGUUAGAGCUGCUCUCACAUGUUCAAUGGAGGUAUUACACUUUGUUCCCCUGCCCCUAUCAUUGGGGAAGUAUACAACACUAUUGGAAACUGUCUUCUCAUUGCAAACCCACGAAACCGAACUGAUUAACGACGAAAUUAAGGAAAUUGGAAAUAUAACCGGUUUAGCGUCAAAAAGAUCUUCGUUUUCGCCUAUCUUCCGAACGGCGAAAGAAAAAAUUGAGAAUAUCAAACGUAGGAAGGAGAUUAUUCAUCAGUUGGCAAGUAUCUCCCAAGGGGCUAUUAAUUCCGGUUCUGAGGUGAGUUACCAUUUGAGUAAAUUUGGAGAGAAAUUCACAAAGGAAUUGUUGGAGAAUAUUCUGUCAAUGACGAAGAGACAUGCGACACUUUAUAAAAUUGACGUGCCGAUGAGAAAAUUGUAUUUCUAUUUGAUUGGUUAUGAGAAGGUUAAGGCUGAUUCUACGGGUCUGGUACCGGAAGUAAUUGCUAAAGGGAAUGAUGGUCGUGGCACUAGGUAUUACUAUCCAGGUGGGGAGAAUUUAUUUGGACCGAGGUGUCUCACUUUGUUCCAUAAACAAAUUCAGUUAAGGAGUAUGAGAAAUCGUGUAUUGGAAAUGUUCUUCGUUCCCUCGGAGGGGAAGACAAUUAAUCCGAAAACGGGUAAAAUGUCCACUUGUUCCCUGACGUUUGAUAAUAACGAUAUGCUGCAUUACAAUGAUUCGAGUAGUGCAUUCACUACAAUGGAAUGUGAUUUUAAUGGAUUGCUAACCGACAAUGAUGAAGAUGAUCAGAAAGCGAAUACCAAGUUAGGAAAGAAAAAUUAUCCGGAAAUGGAAACUUUUGAUACAGAUGAAGAUUUAGGAGAACCGAGUUUAGAUUAUGGAGAUUCGUCUAAAAAUCAAAGAGAAGACAAUUAUUAUGCAGGAUCCUUGGAAUAUGACAGAGAACCCGAAUAUUCUAGACCGUCACGUACGGGAGGUAAAGCUAAGAGUUCGAAAGCAAAAGGAUCGUCACAAGGUGGUCGACGUGGAUUUGAAAAGGGUUCUGAACAAGGUUUUGGACGAGGUUUGGGAGGAAAUGGUUUUCAAGAAUCGGGAGAGUACUCAAACGAACCAGAUUGGGCAAUGAGUGGAUCAGAGGAUACAUUUAAAGAAAGUGAACCAACCAGAAAUUCGGCAAGAAAUUUCAGAAAACUGUAUCGCAGGAAAAGAGCAACUAAAAUUUUGGAUAAAACCUCUGAGGAUAUAAAAGGACAUUCAAAUUUUGCUGCAUCUGCAAAUGUUCCCAAAGCACCAGAAGAAGUAUCUAAAGAAUCUGAUAAAGAUACAACGAAACCUGUAGUUUCAACUGCAUCUGCAAAUGUUCCCAAAGCACCAGAAGAAGUAUCUAAAGAAUCUGAUAAAGAUACAACGAAACCUGUAGUUUCAACUGCAUCUGCAACUGUUUCUAAAGCACCAGAAGAAGUUUCUAAAGAAUCUGCUAAAGAUACAACGAAACCUACAGUUUCAACCACAUCCGCAACUGUUCCUAAAGCACCAGGAGAAAUUACUAAAGAAUCUGCAAAAGUAUCAGGAGCAUCAAUAACAUUAUCUAAAUAUACUAAUCCUCCAGAAACACCAGGUGAAAUUUCUAAAGAGCCAUUGAAAGACCCAAAUGGAACUAUAGCUUUAACUGCAUCCACAACUGUUCCUAAAGAACCAGGAGAAGUUUCUAAAGAAUCUGCUAAAGAUACAACGAAACCUACAGUUUCAACCACAUCCGCAACUGUUCCUAAAGCACCAGGAGAAAUUACUAAAGAAUCAGCAAAAGUAUUAGGAGCAUCAACAACAUUAUCUAAAUCCGCUAAUCCUCCAGAAACACCAGGAGAAGUUUCUAAAGAGCCAUUGGAAGACCCAAAUGGAGCUAUAGCUUUAACUGCAUCCACAACUGUUCCUAAAGAACCAGGAGAAGUUUCUAAAGAAUCUGCAAAAGUAUUAGGAGAAUCAACAACAUCCUCUAAAUCCGCAAAUCUUUCAGAAACAUCAGGAACUUCAACUACAUCCGCAAGUGUUCCUAAGGGACCGGGAGAGAUGUCUAAAGAAUAUGCAGAACUAUCAGGAGCAUCAACAACAUACUCUAAAUCCGCUAAUCUUCCAGAAUCACCAAAAGCUUCUAAAAAAUCAUUAAAAGAUUCAAAAGCAUCGUCAAUUUUAGGAACAUCCACAAAAAUGUCUAAAAGACCAGCUGAUAUGCUUGCAGAAUCUGACAAAGAUUUAACAGAAAGUUUUUCUGCUUACGGUGGAUUACCCCAUGAAUUUAAAGAUAAUAAAGAAAAACAUCAAAAUACGGCAAAAUAUUUAAACAAUCGUUCGAAAUUUGCCAAAACAGCGGAUUCUUUGGAGUUAUCAGAAGAUGAAAGCGAAUCAUUACAAGUCGCAGGCGAAUCAUUAGGUCAAUAUAAAGCACCAGUUCCUCCCAAAUUAACAAAAAAACAUUUACCUGAAGGACCAAAACGUCUACCUAAAGAACCAAAACACCUACCACAAUCUUCAAAACAUCAUUCCAAACUCUCCUCUGAGUACAAUUUAUCAAAACAAACACGAAAUCACCACCCUGUAACUAUCAUAAAUUUAAGCUAUGCAAAAAUAAUUAUCGAUAAAAUUUAUUCCGGAAUUUACGAGCAAGACAUAACAAAUGUAUACAACCUCUACGAAAAUUCGUCAUCAAUUGCAAAAAGUCUGCAAUUCGAGGACUAUUACGCUCUUCAGUCCCACGCCAAGAAUAUUUUACUAUUCAAUAAAGAUACAAACAGACGAAUGCUGAAUGCAAUUUACAAAUUGUCACUUCAGCAACAAGAAGAAACUUGGAUCAUGCAACCAAUCGUUCUCUACAGAAUUCGAAAGUUCACACCAAAAAUCUACGAGCAUCAUCAAUUAUUAAAAAGAACGACUCAAGUCCACUUUGGAGAAAUGAAAAUCUUCUCUGAAAAUCGUGAUCGUGAGGUGGAAAAUCAUCUAAACGAGACAGUAACUAUCUUACGAAAGCCAAUACUAUUUCAGGUACAUUUAAAAAAUCAGCAUGGAGUUGCAGACAUUGGUCGUGUCAUCAAUGAUGAAAUUGGCGUUCACGCUGUACCAUCGGGAAUGAAAUUUGUUAUCGAAGAAAUUGUUCCGUCUAUAAUUAACAAGCAGGAAGUGCUCAUCAUUAAAAUGCACGAUCUUGAAAUUUCAGAAAAGGAGAAAAUGAAAAAUGUGGAAAAAGAAAUUCAGAUGAUUUCACAGAGUGGUACGAAAAUUUACGCAAAUGGUAAUUGACAAUAAAAGCCACAUUUUUUAUUAAAAAAUAUAUUCAUUACUAUUUUCAGUUGUUUCCAAAAGAAUUUCAAUUCUAUUUACAAUUAAAUAUAAAUUAUGCAUAUUCAAAAAAACGAAAAUAAUAAAUAUAAU